AUCGAUUUGUACAUUGAUACCGCCCGUCCGAUCGUCGACAAAGUACUGGAAGGCUACAAUGGGACUAUCUUGGCGUACGGUCAAACUGGCACCGGCAAAACCUAUACCAUGUCUGGUAAUCCGGAUUCUCCGCAGACGAAGGGUAUCAUACCGAACACGUUUGCCCAUAUCUUUGGGCACAUUGCCAGGGCUAAGGAGAACCAAAAGUUUUUGGUGCGGGUAAGUUAUAUGGAAAUCUAUAAUGAGGAGGUUCGUGAUUUACUCGGUAAGGAGUUCAACAAAAGCUUGGAAGUGAAAGAGCGCGCAGAUAUUGGCGUGUUCGUAAAAGAUUUGAGUGGUUAUGUGGUUCACAAUGCGGAUGAUUUGGAUAACAUUAUGAAGUUGGGAAACAAAAACCGUGUCGUUGGAGCGACCAAGAUGAAUUCGGAGUCUUCGCGUUCUCAUGCUAUAUUUUCGAUCACAAUUGAAUCUAGUGAAACUGAUGAGAGUGGUAAGCAAUAUGUUAAAAUGGGAAAGCUGCAGCUUGUCGAUUUGGCUGGUUCGGAAAGACAGAGCAAAACACAAUCCUCAGGAUUAAGACUGAAGGAAGCUACAAAGAUUAAUUUGUCUCUGUCAGUGCUUGGCAAUGUGAUCAGUGCCUUGGUUGACGGGAAAAGCACUCACAUUCCAUAUCGUAAUUCGAAGCUUACCAGAUUGCUACAAGAUUCUCUUGGAGGUAAUAGUAAAACUGUUAUGUGUGCGAGUAUUAGUCCGGCAGAUUCAAAUUAUGUUGAAACAAUAUCAACAUUGCGCUAUGCAUGUCGCGCCAAAAGCAUUCAGAAUCUGGCUCACGUCAAUGAGGAACCGAAGGAUGCGUUGUUGCGUCACUUCCAGGAGGAAAUUAAGGAACUCAAACGACAAUUGGAAGAGGGAACUUUUGUCAAUGGCAUUUGUACAGAUGAAGACGAGGAAGAUAUUGACGAUGAUGACGAGGAAGAGGAAGAAGAAAUAGAAAUCGAUGAAGACAAGGAAAAAGAGCGUUUAGAGAAGAAGGAAAAGAAACGCCGAGAAAGAGCUAAAGAAAAGAAAGAAAAAGCUGAUGCAGAGAAGGAAUUGCUGGAGAAGAAGGCAAUUGAAAACGAACAAGAAAUUAAGCGGGCUAAAUCCGAGCAAGACCAACUUCGGGCGAAACUUUCGUCCCUGGAAAACAAAAUUCUUGUUGGUGGUGAAAACUUAUUGGAGAAAGCACAGGCACAGGAGGUACUUUUGGAAAAGUCAAUGGCAGAACUGGAGCGUCGUACCAAAACCGAACGGGAGCUUGAAGAAAAUCUCCAAAAGAUUGAAGCCGAACGAAUUGAUAUUGAGGAACGGUACAGCUCUCUCCAGGAGGAAUGUGUUGGAAAAACCAAAAAGCUGCAACGUGUUAUGUCGAUGCUGAUGAGCAUCAAGUCUGAGUUGGCCGAUCAACAACAGGAACAGCAGCGUGAAAAGGAAGGCAUUUAUGAAAACAUUCGAAGUCUAUCAAGGGAAUUGGCUCUCUGUGAGUUAGUCAUCAAUUCGUACAUUCCAAAAGAAUAUCAGAACAUGAUCGAAAAAUUCACCCACUGGAACGAGGACAUCGGCGAGUGGCAGCUAAAGUGCGUCGCAUACACGGGAAACAAUAUGCGCAAAAACGUUGCCGAACCGAAGGUCAACACCAAAGAGACGGAUCUGAUCGAUCUGUCGCAUGUCUAUUUGAGUUACAAUACAGAUUCGGUCACCGAGCCAAUGCGAGCCAAGACGGCUAGGCCGCGCACGUCAGGAAUAGCUCGUCCAACCACGGCCAGAAAGUAUUACUAAGUUGUAAGCACUCAAGUUGAGCAUAUUUUUUUAAAGCGCACAGCCAAAAGAUCAAAAGUUUUACUAGCGAAGAGGCUUUUUUCGUGCAUUGUGUUGUUGUUAUUUUUCGUGUUUUUAUAGUUUAGGUUUUGUUCGUUUAUUUAGCAAGCAGUCAUAACAUUCACAGCUUUUUAAGUUAUGUGCAAUUAAGUACUAGUCCAACGACGUUAGAAAACUAUAUUUUGUUUAUUUUAAUUAUUGUUUGAUUUUAUUAUAACUAAAUGUCUAGAAGAUACUAUCAGCAGAAAAGUGAACUAUAGUUUGAUAAGCAUACAUAGAACUAUAAAUGUUGCUGUGGAUGUGACAAUAUUCCAAAUGUAGGUUAUUUUAGGUUGAAGUUUAUUGCUUUGCGUAGAUUUCAGAAGGCUUUUACAGCAAGAUUAUCGGUAAGAAUGCUAUAAUUUGGGAGAUAUUCUUGUAGUGAACCGCAUGACCAGAAAUGCUCGAAUCAUAUUGACACAAUUGGUGCGUUAACUACACGUGACUUAUAUUUAAGGUAUUAUUCUUUGAAUAAUAUACAUCGAUGAUUUAUGGAAUAAUAACUUACACAGCAUCACAUUUUACUUAUUCCUGACACGUGUGUUUGAGUUAAAAAAAAUACCCUUUAUCGAUCAUUUAUUCUCAUAGUAUUUAUCGUUAUUGAACAGCCCGCAAAUGACUCACAGGAUUGAAAAAAAAGAACACACGUCGUUACUCAAUUAGCUAACACACACAAAUAUUGCUUGCAAAAGAUACUCACAUUGAUAUUUUAUAUCGACACAAUAAAAAUAUUUUCUGUUCAUCA